CUGGCAGUUCUUAAAAAAAGGAUAUAGAGUGAUUGAAUCGCGAUGAGUAAUGUUGUGGAAGACGAGGAGGAUGAUUACAUGUCCGAUAACUUCAUCAACUCCUCAAAAGAUGUUCGUCCAGGAAUACCUGUUCCAAGAAGUGUCAAGGCAUCCUAUGAGAAAGAAGAAAGACAAAAGGAAAGUAACAUAAAGAACAGACAGAAAAGCUUGAAGGAGGUGGAACAAGAGAGAAGAGACACAGUUCUGAAUGAGGCUCUUAGCAAUAAAAACAAAGGGUUUGCGUUACUUCAGAAGAUGGGCUAUAAAAUGGGUGAAUCCCUUGGCAAAAAAGGUAAUGGUAUUGUUGAACCAAUUCCACUGAAUAUUAAAACAGGACGUAGUGGUAUUGGCCAUGAAGAAAUGAAGAAAAGAAAAGCCGAGGAAAAUCUAGAGAACUACAGACAAAAGGUCCAUUUGCGGAAGCAAACAGAAGAACGAGCAGCUGAUGAUUUCAGGUCAAGAUUAAGAAAUAAAAAGGAAGAGCACAAAGUAGAAGGUGAUCUUAGGAAAAGCCAGAGAGCAUGCCUGCAUCUAGAUGAGCAGAAGGGCGUAAGCUGUCCCCGGGAGCCUUGGUAUUGGCCUGCAACAGAUCCAAAAGAAGAUGAUGUGGAAACGGAUGAGGAUGAGGAUGAAGUUGAGCAUGAGGAGCUGAGUACCCCUGAUAAGCUGCAAAUUCUGACAAGUUACUUAAGAGAUAAACAUUUCUACUGCAUCUGGUGUGGCACUGCUUAUCAAGAUGAAGAAGACAUUGACUCCAGCUGUCCAGGGACCACUUCCGAAGAUCAUGACUGA